AGCAAAUAGUAGGUGUAGCAGCAAGAGUAGCGCAAACCGCAAAAAGAAAAAACACAGCCGAAAAGAGCCUUUUGGUUUUUGCCGCAGUCGAUUCUUCCCCUACAAAUCUUUUUUUCUUGUUGAAUUCCAGUUUUUAUAACACAUUGCUUUUUUGUCGCUUCUGUUAGCUCUUUUUCCCACCGACGUUGUCGUCCACCAGAAUGCGUCGUUUAACAGGCGCACUGUUCGCGCGGUGCCUCACUGUAGCAUCAUGCACGGCUUCUCUCUACAAGCUCCAAGGUGUCGUUUCCCCUUUAACUUACAAAGCACGAGCGUUCUCUUCGACAGAUGUGCUGUGUCAAGUAACCAGUCCUUCAAUGGCUCUGCCCUCGUCGACGGAGCACGAUGUUGUUAUUACAGACGGCAAGGGCGACAACGUGGACGUAGUCCCGUUAAACACCUUUGCGGAAAUGCGAGACGCUCCAAACUGGCUGGUGGAAGGACUGCAGUCUCUUCAGUAUCCUUCUACAACGGACAUACAGAAGUUCACGAUUCCCUUAUUGGCUGAUGGUCAUGAUGUGAUUGGCCUCGCACCAACUGGCUCUGGAAAGACCGUCGCGUUCGCCGUGCCUGCAUUGAAGAACUUCCGCAGAAAUGCUGACGGGUCGCCUUCUGUACUUGUGCUGGCCCCAACGCGUGAACUGGUGCAGCAAACCACCAAGGUGUUCUCAGGCUUGUCGAAAGGGCAGGUGCGCAUCUGCGAAGCCUACGGCGGAGCUCAACGGGAGAUGCAGGCGCGACACCUUCACGCGGGCUGCGACGUGCUGGUCGCGUGUCCAGGUCGGCUGAAGGACUUCCUCGACGCCGGCGACGUAUCCAUCAAGAACUUGUCGUUUCUCGUCUUUGAUGAAGCAGAUCGACUUCUGGACAUGGGCUUUCAGGUGCAGCUCGAGGAUAUUCUUUCAUAUGUUGACUCGUCCGCGCAUCCGCAGACGAUGAUGUGGUCUGCGACGUGGCCGCAGUCGGUACAGUCCCUGGCGCGCAACUACCUCUCGGACGACCGUAUUUUGAUUCGCGCGGGGACGGCUGGCACCGGCUUGCAGGUGAAUGAGCACAUCAAGCAGAGUCUCUUCUUCUGCAACGGCUUUCGCGACCGCAUCGAGAAGCUGGGCGAGUUGGUGGAGAGCGGCACCAUCGACGACAACACAGACAAGCUGAUUAUUUUCGUAGAGCGCCAGUCUGACACGGAAAACACGGCGCAGGCUUUUAGUCAACGUCUUGGGAUUGACUCCCGGUACAUUGGAACACUCCACGGUGGCCUUUCUCAGCGUUUUCGUGACCGUGUGAUGGGCCAAUUCAAGAACAACUACGUGCGUCUCCUGAUUGCAACGGACGUCGCUUCCCGUGGCUUAGACAUCCCCGACGUGACGUGCGUCGUGAACUUCCAAGCGCCAAAGAACAUUGACAGCUAUUGCCACCGUAUCGGGCGCACCGGCCGCGCCGGACGCAGCGGGAAGGCCUACACAUUCAUUGGGGAGCAGGACGGGACGAUCGCGGGCGAUCUUGUUGACUACCUGACGCGCUGCAAAGCCGAGAUACCGCCAGAACUCACGCAGCUGGCCGACGCAUACCGUCAGCGGUACUCUUCCUUCCGCGGCCGCUCCAGCGGUCGUGGUCGCGGGCGAGGCAGCUUCGAUCGCAGGUAUGAUGGGCACGGCGAUUCCGGUUCCCGCAGAGGCGGCUCGAACCGUUUUGACUCGAGGACGAGCCGGUCACGUCCGAACGCCUCUUUCACCUCCGACCCGUUAGAUUGGUAG